AUGUCUCAAAAUAUAAAUUAUUGUCAAGUUUUGGAUUGUGAGUCAAACAAAGAUAUCAGAAUAUUUACACCUGGUGCCAAAAAAAAAUCUGAAGAAAAAGAGACACUCUCUAUGUAUAAUUAUCUAAAUAUUG